AUGGCAUUCCACCAAACUACCUUCGCCCCUGCGAUACGGCAACACGCCGCCCAGGACUCACGGGACAAUGCUGCAUCCCCCAUUUCCUCGCCGCUACAUCGAGAGCUUGAACAGUCGCAAGAAUGGGUCCUCUUCCCAGCACGUUCAAAUACCCUAACUCAGACUGCAUCGACGGCACAGACACGUACAGCUGGAUUGUCGAGGCUAAGCGACUUUGGCUCUUUGGACGCCAAGUCAAGACAAGAUGAUUAUGUCCCUUGCGAGACCACAAAUGGCUCCGUCGAAGACGACGAGGACUUGGACAGUCUAGACGAAGGCCUUCACGAUUUUCAGGAACCUUCGCCCACACACAGACCAGGACUCUUCGAACCAAGCGGUUCCAUACUGCCACGGCAUGAUGGACUGGGCACAUUUCCUACGUCCAGUCCACCUCUUCAGGAGCAGCUAUGGCACUUUGAGCAUUUCAACCCGCGAAAACGAUCUAUCGGGCUCGGGCGCCAUAGAAGAAGAUCUAGCGUGCAAAGGAGAAUAGAGGCUGUCGAAGAGCAUGAUGUUGCGAGCAUUGAGGCCGAAACAAGGGAGAGGAUUGAGAAAUGGAGGAUGGAACAAUCCAGGCUUCUGUUGGAUGAGAUUGAGAAGGAGACCAGGCGGAGAAGAACCAGUGUGAAAAGCCAGCGAGCAGAAACGACACCCGGUCCUGCUGGCCUGGAGCAGACUAUCAAGGACUCAGUUGCUAAAAAUGCUGGGGAUGAAGCGACAACCGGACUUUUGAGUGCGAGCUCCUCAGUGAUCGAGGACCGCGAAUCCUUCUGGCAGCGCAUCACUCGAAGAGUCAUUCGUGAUUUCAUUGGUAUCGACGACGAUCUGCUCUCCAUCAUCUUCGGCGAAUCGCUUCCGACAGAGAGACUCGACGGCAACCCUUCUCCAGGAUUGGGCUCCGCAAGAUCGUUACGUUUGGAUAGCUCAUCAUCCAUACCUGCUGGCACUGGUUGGGAAGGACGGCUUUUGGACCGUCUAUCUCGUGAACUCGGAAUACUAUUGCAGCAGCUCACAGAGCACCCAGGCGCAUCCAGCACCCUCAGCACCCCAUUCAAUCCUUCCACCUCAGACUACGCUGGUAUACCAAUCACAAUGCCAACGUCUUCAAGGUCACAGUCCAAGCCCCCAACGCCCACCGCAAAUGCAGCAGCAUCCUUCGACUUCAGACCGACCCUGCAAGACGCAACUCUCCCCGCACAAACUUCUGCCGCUGAUUCCACACAUGCUGCCCUCUGGGGCAUUGAAGAAGAACCCGCCCCUGCCACUCCAGAAGACAACCGCGAAUAUUGGGAACAAACCCCAGACAUCAAAACCGUCUUUCGCUUCCUCCACAACCGUUUCACGUCCCAACGACGCCCCGCAACCACAAGCAAACCACCUCUCAACAUCGCCACUACAUCCACCCCAGACUCCCUCCGCCGCGCAGCUAUCAUAAGGCAGUAUCACCCUCUCGUUUCACGCGCUGCAGCAACCUGGGAACAGAGACAUGGACAUGCGAGGCGGCAUAGCUUGCUAAGGAGAAGAAGUGGAAGUAGUUGUGCGAGCAGCAUUGUCGGUAGUGCGAGGAGGAUGGGAUUGAGAGGAGGCAGUUUAGGGAGUUCGAGCAGGAAUUAUUGGGAUAUUGGCGGUAGUGCUGUGGGAAGCGGCGGUGGCAGUGCGAUCGGUGUCGGAGGUGGGGGAAUGGGUGCUUGGGGGGAGGUUUGA